GGCACGAUCAUCAAGCGAGAGUUGCGACAAUGUUGGACUGACCUUACGCCGCACCGUGUCAUUCAUAUUCUGCCUUAUCGAACUACAAGAAGACUGAAUAUGCGACCAAGGACCUUCAAAAUCAAGGAACAAUCACUGGCACGAGCAUGCGCGUGGUAUCUGGAAACCAUAUGACUCCACUAUCGUAUCGUGCAAACGGCUUGCCUUCGCCGCGUAUGUCAACUUCCCGAUGGUGCUCGGACAAUAUGCCCGACCCAGUGUUGUGGCGUUUGGCAGUUUGUGUUUUGGCCGUGAAGUCAUUUGACAGUCUGAUAUCUUAUUGUGUGAACGUGCAGCACUAGUCUCCCUUGCUGACUUGAUCCAAUAUAUUGUGAAUAAUAGUACAGCACCGUCAAAACCUGGCAUGUGGAUCUCGGUCGCGCGUACGAUUGUAACCAGUAACUACAGCAUCCUAUGCUGCAGCGUGGCGCACCCUCCCGCAUAUGUCGUCACCAGAUGCUUAUGAUCCUCACCAUGUAGCUCCUAGGCGCCGGAUACAACCACCUCCACUUUGGGUGUAUGGGUUACAUGACUCAUUAGAUCUUUACAAUGUUCGAAAAUGAUCAAAGCAUUGGUGAUUCUCAUCAUUCAGUGUUCCACUGAACCCCAGAUAUCUCUGGUGGCCCAUGCCGUAGAUUAAUUCGGAAGUUGUAUGUGAAUCGCAUGGAGAAGUACUCAGCGUCAGCAGGUUACUCCCUUUGUUGCGAACACAGGUGUUAACGUAGGUCAGUCCCGCCGGUGUCAAUGCCGUUGAUGUCACACGAGGACAUCGAACUUCUCUCCCUAUGGACACCCAUGCACGUCCACAUGAAGGAACGCUUCCUAUAAUUUUAAGGAACGAUUAUCUUCUUGUCAUUAGCAUUAUUGCUUAGGGAGGACUAGUUUCCUAUCAGUUAUCUAUCCAACGACCCAGACAUCACUUUUUACCGAAACGGCAUAUAUAAAUUCCUUCCAUCUAUAAAACUCGUCUGGUAAUCAGCUUUAUCUUUCCCCAGCUUUUCGCCUAUUCUGUGCAGCGGGUUUGAGGCAAAGUCAUUCACGAUGCGUUCUAUCAUUUCCCUCUUCGUCCUCGGUGCUGGACUCGGUGUCGUCGCGAACCCUAUCGUGCCGUAUACCGUUCACGAGAAGCGUACUUCUCUCCCCAUGGGAUGGUCCCAUUCGCGUAGACACGACUCCUCUGCUGCUCUUCCCCUGCGAUUUGGUCUGACGCAGAACAACAUCGCUGAUAUCGGUGAAUAUCUCCACGAUGUUUCGCACCCGGACUCGCCCAAUUAUGGUAAACACUGGACGGCGAGUCAAAUUGCUGAAGCCUUUGCGCCCAGUGACGAGACUGUCUCCAAUGUCCAUUCGUGGCUUAUUGACAACGGUUUCGACUCUUCCCGUAUUCGGGUUACGCCGGCUAAGUCGUGGAUUGAAGUCGACGCGACUGUAGAGGAGGCAGAAAGCCUUCUGCGUACGGAAUACAACAUUUAUGGACACGAAAGCGGAUCUGAACACGUCGCAUGCGAGAGCUACCAUCUCCCUGCCCACCUUAUCCCUCACAUUGAUAUUGUGACUCCCACCGUCCAUUUCGAUGCUAAGUUAGCCCGACGUGCUAACGCUCCUCCCGCUGUUGUCAAUGGGAAGAAGCCCGGCAUGGGCAAUGCCCCAAAGACUACUGGCGUCGUCACCAACCUUCUGGCCGGUACCGAUGGUUGCGAUCAGCAGAUCACACCUGCGUGCUUGCAGGCUUUGUACGGACUCAACUACACACCGGUUUCCACCAGCUCAAACAGUAUCGGAAUAGUCGAAUAUACCCCUCAAGCUUUCGUCCAGUCCGACAUCAACAUGUUCGCCAGCUCUUAUGCCCCUGAUCUCAAUGGCAAAGCCCCCGUUGUUGUCUCCAUUGAUGGAGGUGUUGUCCAGACUACCACGACUGGCUUCAACGACAACGGUGAAUCCAACCUUGACUUACAGUAUGCUAUGUCGAUUGUCACGGCUGCGCAGCCCGUUACUCUGUAUCAGGCUGGAGAUAUAGUCGAGGGUGCUUCUUUCAACAACUUCCUCGACGCAAUCGACGGCUCUUACUGCACCUUUGAGGGAGGGGAUGCUGCAGGUCAAGAUUCUGCCUACCCAGAUACCUCUGCCGGUGGUUAUAAUGGCAAGGAUUGUGGCACUGUCACCCCCGCAAACGUAAUCUCCACUUCCUACACCUACAAUGAGGGUGACCUCUCUGUGUCAUACGCUACCCGACAAUGUGCCGAGUAUGCCAAGCUUGGUCUCAUGGGUGUUACCAUUCUCUACAGUUCUGGAGAUAGCGGCGUUGCCGGCAGCGGCGGUGCUUGCUUAGCUAACAACGCCUUCAGCCCGACUUUCCCUGGUUCGUGUCCCUAUGUCACCGCCGUUGGUGCCACCCAGAUCAACUCUGGCUCCACUGUCAGUGACCCUGAGGGAGCUUGCGAGCAAGUCAUCUACUCCGGCGGAGGAUUCAGCAACUACUUCUCUCUCCCUAGCUACCAGUCAACCGCAGUUUCAAGUUUCCUAACGAACUACCCUCCCCCUUACACCAGCAGCCAGUACAACUCCACUGGACAGUCGCGAGGCAUUCCUGAUAUUUCCGCUAACGGUGCCAACUAUGUCGUCGCUGUUGACGGUUCGUUCAGCCUUGUCUACGGUACCUCGGCUUCUUCCCCCGUAGCUGCUGCCAUCUUCACCCUUAUUAACGAUGCUCGUCUCGCUGCCGGAAAGGCCCCUAUUGGUUUCAUCAACCCUACGAUCUACUCGUCUGCAUUCAAUGGCGCUUUCAACGAUAUCACAACUGGUGGAAACCAAGGAUGUGGUACCAACGGUUUCAGCUCUGCUCCCGGAUGGGACCCCGUCACUGGUCUGGGUACUCCCAACUUCCCCAAACUACUUUCCGCCUGGUUGGCACUGCCAUAAGCAAAUUCUGCUUGUGGAAAUCACUAUUCGGAUAGAAACAUUGGUUACUCUUUAUUAUGAUAAUGAACAAUGUUGAUUAUGACUCGAUGUAUUGGUGUCUACUACUGCAGUUAUCUGGGUCUGCUAUUUUUCUGCUGUCAGAAUUUUGUGGUCAAAUCUGGUUUGUAUAACAAAUAAACAUUUCUUGCAUAAGCUUGGGAGUAGAAUCUGCAUCGUUUAUAUGGCAAAGUUACAGUCGUACUCCGCGUCUCUAUCCCGAUCGAUCGACAAUACUAUCAUUCUAUCAUUGGAACACCGGAUGCCAUCCGGUAAUAGAGAUGAGGCUCCACAGGCCCGUUGAACUGUCGCUGGGCAUGAAGGUAGAAAUUUGUCAGAUUAGUAGAAUAGAGUAUGAAGAAUAUAACUGUGGACUUUAGUGAAUAGCUUACCUGUAGCAACAACAAUAAACCUGACUCGAACUCCAAAAGUGCGAAUUUCGAGGGGAAAAUGGCCAGAUUUGAACAGAUCUUGCGCUAGGGAUAUUGCGAUUUCGUCCUAGGAAACAUC